AUGACUCAACCCGCCGCGGGCAAAGCCACCGCCGGCGUGCUUCAAAUACCAGUGGCAGCCACGCAAAAGUCCGCGUCGACGCUUGCAAAGAAAGCACCCAAACCUCCUGCCCCGCGCCUCAAGCUCCUCAUUCGCCGCUUACCCCCAGGGCUGACACAGGCUGAGCUCGAAGGCGCCUUGGGAGAGGAAUGGAGACUGGGCGCGGGCAAGGUCGAUUGGCUUCAGUACAAGCCUGGCAAGGUUUCAAAGGACCCCGCGAAGCCUUCUCGUCCUUCUCGAGCCUACAUUCACGUAGUAUCCAACGAGCACAUCGGCCCUCUAUCAGAUCGAGUGCGCCAAUCCUCGUUCCAAGAUGCUAGCCACACCUCCAAUGACCCAGUGCUUCUGGGUCCCCCGACGCUGGAAUUUGCGCCUUACGCCAAAACGCCUGGCAGUCGCGUGCGCAAAGAUGCCCGCCAGGGUACCAUUGACCAGGAUCCCGAGUUCAUUGUUUUCCUCGAGAGCUUGACACAACCCAUCACGAAGCCAGCUACCGUUGACUCGAUUGAACCCGAGGAGAAAAAGGCCGCGGUGGUGACUACACCGCUGGUGCAGUUUAUCAAAGACAAAAAGGCGAGCAAGGCCAAGGAGAGCGCAGCUUCCAAGUCUUCUAAGCGGUCUGAGAAGGAAUCCAAACAGGAGAAGGUUCAGGCGAAGAAGCUUCUACAACGACCAGAUAAGAAACUUGCCCCGGGUCCAUCCUCGGACGAAAAGCCCAAGGGAGAGAAGGCUGGCAAAGAAUCUGGCAAAGCAGCCAAAGCAGCCAAAGCAGCGGCGGGCGGUACAACUACGAAGGGAGGCAAGGCGAGUACAUCCAGCACUACAAAGGAGAAUACAUCUGCCGCUGCAUCUGAGCGGAAGAGGGAACGGGGGAACGUUGCGGCAGCGGCCAAGAUCCUCCAGCGGGAUCUGGGCCUAUCACAAGCUCCAUCCCGACGUCGAGGAAAAGGUGGAACGAACGAGGCGGGCUCUACUAAGAAUGAGAGCUCCCGCGAGUCGUCAGUCCCAGCAGUCGAAAGCAGCAAGAAAGACAUCCCAUCCAAGCCUGCCAAGAGUGCCGCCAGCGUUACGAAAGCCAAGGAUCGAGAUGGUGAAUCACCAUCCUCCAGAGCCUCUGGCACCGCGACCCCUCCUGCCAAUGCGACUACUACCCCGUCAACCAAACCACCCAAGGGCGCCAAAACCAAGACGACCGCUAGCCCGACCCCCACCGCAACCCAGGCCUUCCUCAAACACGCCAAUGCAUCUCAGGGUGUGACCGAGGCCCUCUUGGAGGCAGCGUUCACACCGUUCGGCACAGUGACCAAGGUGGAAAUUGAUAAGAAGAAAGGAUUUGGAUAUGUGGACUUUGCCGAGCCGGAAGGGCUACAGAAAGCCAUGGCCGCUAGCCCCGUUUCUGUGGCGCAGAGUCAGGUGGUCGUUCUGGAGCGCAAGGCUAAUCCUGGCGGCGAAAAGUCGCGCAAAGGAGGAGGAGGCGGCGGCGGUGGUGGUCGCGGUGACACAGCGCAGCAGCAGGCCAAGGGCGAGAAGGCGAAGACGAGUGCGAAUGAUGGGAACGGCGCGGCUAGCGGAGGCGGUUCUGGAGGAGGAUCAUCUCGGGGGUCUCGAGGAGGACGUGGAUCGAGGAAUAAGGGCGGCAAAGGAGGUGAUGGAUCGAAGGAAGGCACGGGCAGUGGUACGGCUGCUGCUGCAUCGGGCGAGAAGAGCGGAGGUUCGGAUGCGAAGUGA